CACAGUUAAUUUAAAGCAUAGAAUUUACAGUAAUCAAUUGUAGUAUUCCAAAUAAAAAUUUAAUUUUGUAAUUUAAAUUAUAUAAAUAUAUAUAUAUAAUCAGCUAAAAAUAAAAUUAAAGUAAAGAGAUUUAAAAAAAAUUAUCCAUUUCGAUGCAUCCAGCAAUACUUCUCAAAAGUUUUACUAAUGGACUUAAAUCUAGUAAUUUAUCCAAUGUUGACGUAUUCGGAUUAUUGUGUAGUAAUGCUAUGAGAGUAAGUACCGCGAAAUUAGUUCAUCAUAAAAGCUUUAACAAUAGUAAAACAUCAGUACUUCCAAACAAACAUAAAAAUUCAUUUCUAAUAUCAAACCGCUGCUACUGCAAAGAUUACAGGCCAUUUCCACAAGUACCAGAAUUUCCUCCAAUUAUUUGGCCAAAUUUAUUAAAAUCAAUUAGUAGUUGGCUGUAUGCUUAUAUUGUUAUCAAACCUCAAUAUGACAAAGGUUUUAGUUUAGUGGAAUUCUCCAAUAAUUCUAAAAAGGCUGUUGAAGUAGUAUCAAGAAGCAUUGCUAGAAGGGAUUUUGAAACUCUUGAAGGUUUAGUGACCAGUGAUGUUCUAGAACAAGUAAAAUCUAUUGUUUCCAACCUUAAUGAUGAUGAAAUUAGAGAUAUGGCUUUCAAAUCAGAAGAUAUGUAUUUUUAUUUUCCAUAUCAAGUUGAUAUUGUAACUAAUGAACAAUUGAAGGAUAGACGUUUUAUUGAAGUGACCAUGUGUUAUCAUGCUAUUCAUAAUUUAGAAGAAAUUAAAAAACGAAAUGAAGAUAUGGAAGAUAUACAAAAAGAAUUAAAAAGUAGUAUUUAUGUUUUAAAUUAUAGAUUUAUACGAGAGUAUUCUAAAGGAGUUGAAGAUGCUUGGACUGUAAAUGCUAUUAAUCAUUUGAAAGCUGAAGAACAUGACAAGACUAUGUUUUGAUAUACAAAUAUUUUAGCUACAAUUUAUUUCUAAAUAAAUUGUAUAUUGUAUAUUUAAGAAUAAUUUUAUCAAUAUUUGUUUCUGUUUCAUAAUUAAUUAUUUUGUGGAUCUUAUCAUAUAUAUAUAUAUAUUAAAUAAAUUAAUAAUACAUUUAAA